CUAGAUCAAGUGCGACAGCUGAUUUGCCUUCCCACCGACUUUUCUUCGCCACUGUUCCGCAUUUUAUUCUCAAUGGCGGCGCCAGUGGCAAGGUAGAUUUCCAGUGGCGCCAGCAGGCGGCUGCGAUUGCGGGUAGGAAACGAUGAUCCGUUUUAAAUCAUGGAUCGUGAGUUUGUGGGACUUUUCAAUCUCCUUAUCCGCUUGCGUCCUCACAUUUUGUACUGUCUCUCAUCUCGCAAGCUUUGUUUCGAACCAUGAUCACCUCCACUUCAAGUUCGAGAACAAAUCAGGAUCACAGACACAACCACUUUGGUGGAACUGUGUCUUGGUGGCACAAUUCUGCCUUCAGCAUUCUGUCAUGUGCAACAGCAAAGCCACGGAAAGGUUGGAAAAGUGCUUCGGGGUGCUCACACGAUCCGCGUAUAUUAUCGCCACAUGCGUCUGUCUCAAGGUUCUCAUGACAUUCUGGAGUCGGAGCAACCAGUUUGUCCUGUGGGAAGUCGACACUUCAGAGAACCCACUGUUAUGGUGGUGUUUCACUGCUGUACACGUUGUAGGCUGGCUGAUCAUCUAUACUGGCUGUUUACUCAUGGAUAUAGGAGAACUUUUGGGCGUAAAGCAGGUGUAUUACUCGAUGGCAUCCUUCUACCAGCCUCGAAACCUGAAGGCCCGCUCGUUGAACCGCUACUACAGCCACAUGCGGCAUCCCAGCUUUAUCGUCAUGUGCCUUCUGCUUUUCGUCCACCCUGUCAUGCGCAUCGACAGAUUUCUGCUGGCAGCAUUCAUGGCCAUUUACACCUUUGUUCGUUACAACAUUGAUGUUGAGGACUACGAAUACAUCAAAGAUCUAUACGAGACAAAACGUUCGCAUAUGAAGAAAAGGUUGUAGACUAGGAUGAGCGACUCCUUAAAUAUUUCGGGCAGUGCCUUCACGGAAUGCAAUUAUUCUUUCUUAUAUUUGAAAUUUGGGAAGCAAAGAGGCUUAGCUCCUCUCAAUUUGGUUUUACUCUCAAUUUACUCAAAUACAAAGCUGUCCUCUUGUUUUCAUGACACACUACAUCGAUAUGAACUUGCAAGACACUGUAAUUGUCAGAUGUUGGGCAGACAUUGAUCAGAUGUCAGUCAUUUGUGGCUUGGCUGAAUGAUUUUUGAGACAGUCAUGAUUUCAAAGCAGAGCACCUGGUGAUCCAGUAAAUAUGCUAUCCUUAGCACUGCCAUAAAAUGAGACUGUGAACGCUCAUAUUUGUACAAGCAUAAGAACAUUGUUGAAUUGAUGUAAUUUAACCCUACGUUGAUACGGCUGCUGUAUAUAUUUUCAGUAAAAGCUAAGCAUAAUGAACUGCA